AUGCUGGAAACCUACUGGAACCUCACUGCUAUAGGCUACAGUUGGGAAGAUCAUAUUAUUGAAGAACAUUGUCAAAGUUCCAGAAGACAUGGAAGACUUCGAAGAACAUACACUGGAGAGAAACCCUAUGGAUGUAAUCAAUGUAGUAAAUCUUUUGCACAUCACAGUAGUCUCCGAGUACAUAAAAGAACACAUACUGGAGAGAAACCUUACAAAUGUAAUCAAUGUGGCAAAGCCUUUGCAUAUCACAGUCAUCUUCAAAAACAUAAAAGAACACAUACUGGAGAGAAACCCUACAAAUGCCAUCAAUGUGGCAAAGAUUUUGCAGAUCAUACUCAUCUUCAAGUACAUAAAAGAACACAUACUGGAGAGAAACCGUAUGAAUGUGAUCAAUGUGGGAAAGCCUUUUCACAAAACAGUAGUCUCCAAAUACAUAAAAGAACACAUACUGGAGAGAAACCCUAUGAAUGUGAUCAAUGUGGGAAAGCUUUUUCACAAAAUAGUAGUCUCCAAAUCCAUAAAAGAACACAUACUGGAGAGAAACCCUAUGAAUGUGAUCAAUGUGGGAAAGCUUUUUCACAAAAUAGUAGUCUCCAAAUCCAUAAAAGAACACAUACUGGAGAGAAACCCUAUGAAUGUAAUCAAUGUGGCGAAACCUUUGCAUGUUACAGUAGCCUUCGAACACAUAAAGGAACACAUACUGGAGAAAAACCCUACAAAUGUCUUCAAUGUGGUAAAGCUUUUGCACAUCAUAGUAGUCUCCGAGUACAUAAAGGAACACAUACUGGAGAGAAACCCUAUGAAUGUAAUCACUGUGGUAAAGCCUUCUCUUGUCACAGUAGUCUCCGGAUACAUAAAAGAAUACAUACUGGAGAGAAACCCUAUGAAUGUAAUCAAUGUGAUAAAGCCUUUUCAUGUCAUAGUAGUCUCCGAAUACAUAAAAGAACACAUACUGGAGAAAAACCCUAUAAUUGUAAUCAAUGUGGUAAAGCCUUUGCACGUCAAAGUCAUCUUCAACUACAUACAAGAACACAUACCGGAGAGAAACCCUACAAAUGCCAUCGAUGUGAUAAAGCCUUUGCAUGUAGCAGUAAUCUUCGAAUUCAUGAGAAAAAGAAAUCAUUCUGCAGAGGAACCCUUUAA